UUCCUACGGCACAAUGCAUUGCUCAAGAACAAGUCUGGCGUGCUGGACGGCAAGCGUGUUGAGUACUUCAAGGGCAAAAACGCACUCAAGGCUUUGCAGAGCGAUGCAUACCAAGCAUUGAGCGCCAAGAACCCUACACUGCCCAAAAUCACAAACUUGCAGGAAGCAGGGGAAGCGAUGCGCUUGCUACCGAUCCAUCUGCUCGCGCUACGCGUUGAUUUAUUAGAAAAGGAGAAGGCCAAGAAGGGUGCUUCGCAAGCGAAACCAUCUCGCAAGGUGCAGAUCAACCGUCAGCAAGAAAUCAGCGAAGAGCACAGCUACGUCUGGUUCUAUGAGUACAUCCCUCUGACCACCAAACUGGCUGGUCUAGGAUUGCUUGUGAUCGUCUUGCUCAUCAUCAUGUACCCCUUGUGGCCCACACGCAUGCGUUUCGGUGUCUACUACCUCUCCUGGAUCGCUCUGGGCUUCGUGGCUUUGCUCAUGGCUAUCGCUGUUGUGCGUCUCAUUCUCUACCUCAUCACCAUGUUUGCUGCACCUCCAGGAAUUUGGCUGUAUCCUAAUCUGUUUGAGGAUGUCGGUUUCUUUGACAGUUUCAGGCCUCUCUGGGCUUGG